UCAAUCUCUUUCCCCAAUCUCUCUCUCAGGUUUCUCUCUCCUCUCUCUCCAGAAGGGAAAAAAAAAUUCCCUUAAAGAAACCCGCUUGUUUGUUUAACCAAAUCUCUCUCAUAUCUUUGCGAUGGAUGACGAUGGGUUUCGCAAUUGGGGUUACUACGAACCAGCGGCUGCUACAUCGUUCAAAGGUAACCUCGGUUUGCAACUAAUGCCAACCAUCGAUCGCAACACUAAACCGUUUCUACCCGGUCGAGAUCCUAAUCUAAUGAUCGGCCAAACCGGUUCAUACCACCACCACCAGCACCACCCUGAGCCUCACAUGAGCUACAAUUGGAUUAACCAACACAAAGACAAGUUCUUCAACAUGUUACCCGUCACAACCACUCCUAAUUACGGAAAUGUCCUCCCCCAAACUUCCUCAUCCCCAUCGAUGCACAUGAAUCUCCACCAUCACCAUCAUCAAACCGAGGAACACCCGGUUAAAUGCGAACCGGACAUUGUCGAGUCCAAGAAGAGGAAGCCUAAUUCAAAAGCUGGUGGGGCCCCAACAAAGGCGAAGAAGCCUCGUAAACCAAAAGAGGAGAACGGUGACAGCAACAACGCUAACGUUUCGCGAGUCAAACCGGCUAAGAAAAGCUUCGACCUGGUUAUCAACGGAGUGAACAUGGACAUUUCCGGUUUACCCGUACCGGUCUGCACCUGCACUGGAGCUCCUCAGCAAUGCUACCGUUGGGGAUGCGGAGGUUGGCAAUCUGCGUGUUGCACCACGAACAUAUCGAUGCAUCCGUUGCCGAUGAGUACUAAGCGGCGUGGGGCGAGGAUCUCGGGGAGGAAGAUGAGUCAAGGCGCGUUUAAGAAGGUUCUUGAGAAACUUGCUUCUGAUGGGUUUAACUUUGGGAGCCCGAUUGAUCUUAAGAGCCAUUGGGCAAGACAUGGGACUAACAAGUUCGUCACCAUCAGAUGAUUAGUUAUCGUUACUUUGCUUUACUUUUUGUUGGGAGUCUGUUUGUUUGUUUGUCUGAGAGGAAGAAAGCGACUUAGAAAAUCUGCAGGGAAGUUUGAAUUCUUCUUUUUUGUAUUUUUUUCCCUUCCUUCUGUUAUCGUUAUAAACAUUUCACUGACUUGUAAUAGUAAGUUGUAACAGAUAAUUCUUUUCAAUUAAAUGUUUUCUCAGAUUACUAUUAA